GCGCAUUAACGAUAGACUGAGAAAAUUAUUCGUUUUAUUUAGUUUAUUUUUCGACGGGUAUUUAAGGCACUGCCCGUUACAAAAACAAGUUUUAACCGAAUCUAAAUCGAGGGCUAGCUCUUAAAUUAAACGCUGAGUAAACAGUGGUGCAGUGGCAGUGAUAUCCUAGGAAAAACAGGCGUGGGAGUGGCAACAGCAGCAGCGGGUGGUGUGGUGUGUUGUGGUGACGGUGGCGGCACGCAUUCUAUUUAGGACCCCAAACAGACACUUAAGUGCAAUCUUUCAACAGUUCCCUCUGCUGAAUGUACUGGCGCUGGUUGUGGCUCUGCCUUAAGAUGAUCUACCAGCUGCUGUGCUGCUCGGUGAGCUUGAUCUUCUUCUGCUUCAACGUGUUCUGGUUGUUCUGCAACUUGGCUAUACCCUGGGGCACCCUGACCCUGCUCGUCGUCUGUGUGGCCUCCAAGUUUGUGAAGCUGCAGCGCAGUCCCAACGAGAAGCGGCUGCUCAGCCUGCUGAGCGCGCCAGAUGAUUGGCCAAGCUACUGGCCCAUCGCCAAUCGGGCUGCCGGCUACGAUGCGCCCGAGAACUCGAAGGCAGCUAUCAAAAAGUGCCUAACACGUGGAUAUCGGAACGUGCUUCUAGAUGCCGGCCUCACAUCCUGCGGGGAAAUCGUUAUAGCCAACCCCAGUCGCCUGGCUGUGGCCCAGCAGCCGUUGAGCGAGCUGCAGAAACUGAACAUCACGGAGCAGCAUCCCAUGGGGUCCCAAUUCGAAGCAGAGUCGGUGGCCACGCUCAGGCAGCUCGCCGACUAUGUGGAGGCGGAGGCCACCUCGGCCACGCUCUUCCUGCGCCUUCACGACAACAGUGCCCGCAUGCUCGACCAGCUGCAUAAGUUUAUGGCCGCCAAUGAGCCGUUUACACAGCGCACAAUUGUCAUAAGUCGCUCUCCGCUGGCUAUUUAUCAGCUGCGUAAACUGCAUCCGGAGAUAAUUUGCGGCCUUUGGCAUGAGACUUAUCUAUCGCUGGCCAUGCUCAAAUCCUCCACACUGAUUACCUCAAUCUAUGGUGCAAUCUUUCGCAAUAUCAUUGCCCCAGUGAUCGGCAUAAGCGUCGUCUUUCUGAGCAAGGAAGAGUUCAAUUUGCACAUUGCCGACCUGUGGCGCAAUGUGGGCGUCCGUCCAAUCGUCUACAUGGUGAAUUCACCCAACGAGAAGCGCUAUUUUCAGAAGACCAUGAAGAUACAAUAUCUGACCGACUCGCUGCGCUCCGAGCCGCAUCUUCUGAUGAAGGCCUAAGGAGUUGCAUUCACCAGCGGGGAAACCAACGAACUCAAACGAACACAACUCAGACAGGAGCGCACACAAAGAGAAACUGUUUGCAUUUAGCUGCGCUACACUUAUUUCUUAAGAGUAAUUCGUUUUUAGUGUCCACGUUCAGUCACCCACACUUGAUAUGUGUUUAUAUGAUGCGUUUUUUGUACGCGUUCUGCAUCCGUAGAAGCUUUAGAAAGUAUUACCCGUUGUGUACCAGUACCAGUACCCGUACCCGUACCAGUACCAGUGAGAUUGAAGCUAUUUGUAUAUUUAUGUUUGAUUAGGUCUUGUGCUUUAUUUAUUGUAUGUAGCGGAUGCUUUUUAUAUUUUACAUUGACGUCCUGUAUAAUUUUAUAUAUAUUUUAUUUAAUUAUGUCUAUAUUCUCGUAUACUAUACCCGGCUAAUAUGUUCUAAAAAUUUGUACGAUAUUUCUACCCAUGCUCUCGAUAUGUACACAAAUGUAGUAUACCUUACAAGGUAGUGUAUUGCUUUUUUUGAGUGCUCUAUACAUACAUAUAUAUGUAGUGUGCACACAUACACGCGCAGGUUUUCUAUAAUGCCGAACAUUUGCCAACUUUUUCACAAAUGUUCCUAUUGUUAUGCAGAUCCCAAAAGAAUAACUUGUCUAAGACCAAGUCCCGACUACAAAUAUGUACAAUUAAGUUUCUUACGUCUAAUCCGAGGGAGAGCAAACAAAUUGUGUUCCAACGAGCAUUACCCAUACGACUAUACCAAAAAACAAUGAUGCAAAUUUCAUUUUAUUACGAUGCGAUGAUACGAUGAGUAAAUAAAGAUAAUGCGAACAAUUGAUUUAAACUCAAAAAUCCACUCUAAAA